AUGCGUGUUCGGAUACAUCCGUUGAAAGGACGACCACAUUCCGUGUUCUUCAACCAGUGCUCGAUGAAGCUUAUAGAAACUGUUGACUCAGGGAUUCCCGAACUUGAACCCGAUCCGGACAAUUAUGAGGACUAUGAUACCUUUGCCCGACGCUAUGCAAAAUGGGUAAUUGGACUCGAUUGGACGGGCUAUAUAGACAUGUGA